CCUGUCCAAAUUCCACACAGGAACCGGCUAAUGAUUAAAAAUGAUACAAGAAAGCAGCGGGAAUUCUUUGAAAAGAAAAGAAUGCAAAAUAAAUUGAAAAACCUGGAAGUUGCUACACCUUCCUCUAAAGUCAGCUCCAUCGCCAGUAUGGACCUUGUGACACUGUUUGUGGUCAACCAGAUAGCUACAAAGAAAGAGCUUAAAGAUCCUCCCCCAGUAUCAGUUUUGAGUUCCAAAGGAGGAAGGAAGAAACCAAAUGUCAACAACCCCUUGGUGCUCCCCAUGAGCCCCGGUUCUCCAUCCCAAUUGAUUCUAGAUGGGACCCAACCUCAAUGCAGAGUUCAAGAUUACCCCACCAAACAGAUUAUCCCACAAAGCUUCAAGAUUCGGCAACCGUCACCAGUUGCGGAGUGCUCCUUCUCAGACAACAUAGCAGCUGAUUACCUGUCCCCCAUAGCGGAACCCUUCAACCCCUUCUCAUCCUCCUCCUCAGGGAGAUUAUUUCCGCUGGAGGAACACAACCAGCCCCUUCCCGGCUGGUCCUUUACACCUUGGGAGACAUCGGAUCAGAAUACGCCGUUCUGUGUGCCCAGAGGGCUGGGAGAAGACAUCGUCUGGUCUUCAAACCCGGCCACACCUUCAGGAGCUUUCUUUGGAACCCCAAAGUCAUCCAUUCAUCACCCGAGAUCCGAAGACACCUUCCUUAGCCAUUUGUCUCAAAUGGAGCCCCCCACCUUUGACUUCACGCUAAACCCGACAUGGAGCGAGCAGCCAUUUGAAAUGGACAUCUUUAAAAGCGAUACAAAUAACGACUAUGAAACUAAUGCUUUUCAUUUUGGGAGUGAAACAUCAAAUAUAAAUCUCAAGGAUCAAACUUCAAUCCAAACUUCAACCCCACAAACUGUCCCUGAGCCACAGCCAAACGACAUCGGAGCACAGCUCCCCAAUUGCAGUUUUAACUUCACAUGCCCGGAAUACCUAAUGAACGGUCGGGGGGAUUCGCCAACUUCCUCUUGCAACAGAGGUUACUUGAGUUCAGCCUCCAGUGAUGACCAACCCGCUACGAGGGAAGAAUGCUGUCACCCUGUGGGAUUUCCUCAGAGACGAGCGCCAGGAAGCAACAAAGCACCCCGUGAAAAAAGAGAUACAGAAACUCAAACCGUCCACGAGUCCACUUCCGAGAAAUUCGACGUCGCCAUUCAGUGCAGCUUGCUCUCAGAUCCGUCUGUUAUGUCACGACAGCGAGAAGCCACCAGGGGGCACCCUGACUUCACAGAAUCUCCUUUCGAGCGAGAAGCAAUGACUUACAUGAGGCCAACCCUGUGGAGGAAGAAGAAAUCCAACACUUUAGGAAAUCUGAAUACAAGUCAUCAAAGUAGCAGGAGAAUGAUGCCUCUUCAGGACAUGUUGGGCAAAAUCAGUCAAAGCAUGCAGCAGAGCCCCUGGAAAAAGAUCCCACCGGAUGAAGCAAGGCCGGAGGCCACCACCACGAGGGCGCAGGGGGAAACACUCCAGGAAAUAGCCGACAUUUUGCUCCUGCUCAAGCAGAGACAGGAGGAGUAAUGAUGAUAAGGGCAAAAAAAAAAACAACCAUACCUGUUCUGUGCAUGCUGUUCUAAUUAAACGUUUUGUGUUAACCUCCCGUCGUCAUAGCAACACUGAAAUAAAACUCCAAAAGCAUUCCC